UCGCGAAGGGAUGGCGCCUGGGCGCUGAGCGCGCAGCGCGGCGCGGCCCGGCCCGGCCCGGCCGCCAGCCUUUCCCCGCGCCGCGCCGCCCCGCGGGGAGAUGCGAGCGGGCAGCGCCUGCCUCGCCACCGCCCGCAGCCAGCGCCUGCUCUCCCCCGGGCCUGGCAGCAAUGGAAACUUCCUCCAGCUCCUCCUCCUCCUGCAGAGAAAGUGAAACCGGGGCGGAAAGGUUUCAGGGAGAGACAAAGCUCUUUGUGCUUGCCGCAGAAACCAGUUGGCCCCCGGAGCCUGAGCGCACAAGCUUGCUAAGCUGCUGCUUUCCAGCCAUUAUGGAGGAAGAGUUCCAGUUUCUGCUCUGUGAGGGAUGCCAGAAAGAAUCUAAAAACCCCAAGCUCCUUUCGUGCCUUCACACCUUAUGCACUGACUGUCUGCAAGAGAACAAGCCCAUUGGCCAAUGCCCCAUCUGCAAGGCUCCUAUCUUGCAAGCCAGAGGGAUUCCAGAACAGGACAACCUGCUGUACACCAGCUUGCAGUGGAAGCUGAACAUCUAUAAGAAGAUUGUCACAGGCAUCGACUUGGUCUGUGACUGCUGCCAAGAAGAAGCACAGUUCAGGUGUUCUGAGUGCCAGGAGUUUUUCUGCAGUAAGUGCUUUGAGAAUCAUCAGUGGUUCUUCAAGAAGAACAGCCAUGAGAUCCAGAAGGUGAGCGAGGUAAGGGUAGGAUCUGCUGCACAGUUCCUGGAAGAAGAGAGACGGUCCAGCAACCUCUACUGUUCCAGUCUCACCCAUAGGAAUCAAAGCCAAAUUACAAGCAUCUACUGCCAAGGUUGCAACAGACCUCUUUGCUGCUCCUGUGCACUUCUGGAUAAUGAACACACAAAGCUUUACUGUGAUAUCGAGAAGGAGAUCCAGCGGAGGCAGGAAGAGUUGAGGAGCAUGAGUGAAGAGCUGAAGCAAAAGAAGAACUGCUAUGAAAGUGCCUACAACAGUCUCCAGAGCAAAGCUGACCAAAUGGACCAGGUGUGGAAGGAAACCCAGGAGCUGAUCCUUGAGAAGGUAGAGGAGAUGGUCAAGCUGAUCCGUGAUAAGGGAGAGGAGCUGUUGAAGAGGGCAGAGAAGCAGCACCAUGAGGGGCACCAGGACCUGAAGGGGAAGGUGCAGCACACGAAAGCCAUGCUCAUGAAGAUGGAGGCUGGCCAGCAGCUGGUGGAGAAGAUGCACCUCUAUGCAUCAGACCAGGAGGUGAUGGACAUGCACCCCUUCAUCAAGAAGUCCCUGGAGGAGCUACAGAAGCAGCCACCCCUGACAACAGCAAUCAAGAUCCAGGUUGGAGACUUCUCUGAAUGCAAAGCUGAACUCCAGGCCCUGGUUGAACAAGUGACUGGGAAACGAGAUGCUGCCUCCUGUGAUGCCCAGGCUGCUGUAGCUACAGAGAUGUCUGCUGCUAACAACACGGAAGAAGCAUUCAUCCAACCCAGGAUGCAGGCAAUCCCAUUGCCUUUGUUCACCAUCACUCUCGGGGAGCCACAGACCGGAGUGGUCCCCUCCAUCACCUCACCAGGCAAGAGGAAAAUAAACCAGGUUGAAAAGGAUAGUCAGACCUCUUCUCCUAAGGUACUGAAGUUGGAGUCUGAGGACAAGUGGCUGGAGUCAAUGCCAAGGAAGCUUGACCAAGAUUUGCCAGAAAGGGACCCCACACCAGGGCCUAGCUCCUCAACCCUAAAGAGAAACUGCAGAGAAAGAAGCACAACAAAAAUAGAUGGCUUCCCCAGUUCCUCGGAACAUGCAUACUCAGAGCCAGGAGAUCAAGAAGCAGCCAGCAUCAUCAUAAGCAGCUCUGAAGACACUGAUGACGACACAGUGGCAAAUUCAGGCUGGGAUUUUUGUUCUUGGGUCAGAGAUUGAUCGUGCGAGAAAAUGCACUUGAGCAGCUCAGGUAUUUUGGAAAAUGUGGGGGAAAUACAUUAGUCCCUGUUCACUGCAAUCUGAAAUUUUGUCCUCCGCUCAUUCAGUCUGAUUCAAGUGAGCUGGUCCAGUUAUUCUUUCCUUUCCUUUAGUAUUACACAGGUAUAAAAUUGAACUGGUUUCAGUGCACUCUUGAGCUGUACCAACAGACGUGAGAGAGGACCUAAGCCAGGAACUUCAAACUUGCUGCAUUCCUUAGCUCUCAUAGACUUAAAAAUGCCCCCACAGGAUUCGUUUGAAGGCAAACCCUGCAGACAGUUUGAAGUUGCGAUUAUUUGAAGCUGGGAGAUUUGCACAUGUAUUUUAGACAUUUCCUUUUCUCUUACUCAUUUUUAAGGACACCUCUGACUAUAACAGCCUUGUUACUCAUACCGCCUGGUCACUGGAGAAUAAAAAGAGCCCAUAAUCACCAACAGACAAGCAUCUCCUGUUGAACGAACAUAACACUUCUGCUGCGUCAGCAGACUCAGUAGCUUCCUGUCAAGAAACUGAUAAAACAUCUGAGUUAAAGUUGUUACAUCUACAGCAGGGGCAGGCAGUUAUUUUGGCUGGAGGGCCACUUACCAAGUUUUGACAAGCUGUCGAGGGCCACAUGGGUUACUCCGCCCCUUCACAGGGGCCCCGCCCCUGCUGCCAUCUUGUAACUGGCAGUCUCACCCCCUAACGCUUAACCUUUGCCACCAGGAGUCCGUCCCUUUGCCCCCAGAAGUACUGAUUUCAGCAAGGGGUUGUGUCAUCUUGGAACCAGAAAAAUACCAAGUUAUAUUCUAAAAAUUGAACAUUAUGACAGUCAUUAAUUUGAUUUAAAAAAAUAUUUUUGUCCUGAUUUACAUGUAUUUGUAUAGUGCACAUAGAGGUGAUUGCACAAUAGCUUAAAAUGAAGUCUAGCUCUUGUAUAUUGGGGGGGGGGGCAUGGGGAGGUGGGUAUAGGUUUGUGGGGAAGUCUGGGUAUAUGGGGUGUGGGUGUCCCUGCUUUCCCUGCUGGCACAGCCCAGCCCAGCUCCAUAGAGCCCCUGCCAGUCCAGUCCCACACUCCUGCUGGCCCUGGCCCCAGGACACUGGUGCAGGUCCUGUGCUCCUAACUGUCACUGUGCUCCUGCACACCCACUCUCUGCCACUGCCCCCCACCCCACCUCCCCUGCCUGCUACUGCUUUUACAACUUUCCUGCCCACAGCCACCAUGCUUCAGCACCAUAUGGUUCCUGGCUGCAUGGCCGCGACCACAUGACUCAGCAGGAGCUGGCCCAGCCCAGCCCCAAGGCCUGGGACAAUUGCCCACGGUCCUCUCCUGCCUCCCCACCGCCCUUAUCUGAAUUUCCCUCUCUGGUGGAGGGAGGUGGGAACAGCCCUAGGGCCCCAGGCUAGAAGCCUCUUGCUGCUGAGAUGCUGGGUUCUGCUGCCGGCUUCCCCUGGGUCCUACUGCCACUGGCUCCUGUCAUCUUUGACAGGCAGCCAGGAGCAGAUAAAUAUUCAUUUUCUAAAUAUUUUAGGGGCCCCGCAGGCCAGAUAGAAUGGCCUGGUAGGCCAGAUCCAGCCCAUGGGCUGUAUUUUGCCUCCCCCUGAUCUACAGAGAUUUCCAUAAGGCUUUCAGUGUCAGACACCCACUGAAUUUACUGUAGAUGUUCCCCCAGGAGAAGACUACAGCAUAUUUCAAAGAUAAAAUUGGUAGCAGAAAUGGCCUUGUAUGCCCUUAAAUGUCACCAAUUAAGGAUGUUUGAAAUGAAAUAAGCUAAAUUUGGGGUGCAGACACACACCAUAUUCACUACAUAGUAAAGAGGCUUUACUCUAUAGUAAAUAAAAGUAGAGCGGACAAAUGACACCCAGCCUUACACUAAUCUACGUCAUUCCUCUCCUUACUCUAAAAAAACAUGGAGUAUACCUGUUGUGUGUCUAGUCUAUUUAAUCUUGGGACAACCCUUUGCUCAAUGCAAGCCAUUAUAGCCCCUACUGUGGGCAGACAGGUUUAGGGAGGUAGUUGUGCGUUUGCUCUUUACCAUGGAAUAAAUUUACUAUGGACUAAAACUCAAGAUAAAUUACAUUACAGUAAGCCUGGUGUGUGUCUGCACCCAUGUAAUCCGAAGUGGGGGGCAGCAGGAGUCUUUCCAUUGACUUUGAGAAACGUUGGAACAGACCCUUGGACAUAUUAUCCUUAGAAAUAUAAGUUUCUUUGUAACUUUUUAAACCAGCACCAGCAAUUAUGCAGAACCUAUGACAACAAGGCUUCUCUUUAAAGCAAAGGACCACAUUUUAUCUCUUUAAUUUGCAGGAAUUAUAAUAGCAGGGGUGCAGAUAAGAUUCCAUACAAGACUGGGAAAGGAUUCAUGGCUGAUUUUGGGAACUACACCAGCUUUUAUUUCUAAGUUCAUCUCCUGCCAAUAUUAAAUAGAUGGGUUGAGAAGAACCAUUUUUAUAGGGGAAGGCUGAGGGGAUGAGAUGGGAGAGUGGCAGAUGUAAAAUGGCAUUUUUGUAUGGGAUAAUCAUGCAGGAAUAUAUGAUGUUCAUUAAUUUCCAAUAAAAAUAUUUCCAAAAUAAAAAA